AUGUCGUCAUCUUUGAGUGCGAUGCAGUCGGCAUAUGAGUUCACAAGCCGCAUCGUGAUCAGAAUAGUGAAAAGAACAAUUGAACUUAUUGUCCUAAGUUGGCUUGCUGUUUACUACAUUGCCGAGGCAACUGUUUUAACACUGACUCCAUCUUUCCUCCUCCCAAAAAGGAGCAUCAGAGAUAAGGUAGUUCUGGUGACUGGUGGAGCUGGGGGUGUGGGGCAAGAAUUGACCAUAAGGCUGGCCAGAGCUAAGGCCAAGGUCGUUGUCUGGGACAAUAAUGAAAAAGCUCUGGAAAAAUUGAAGGAACGUGUGAAGGCUGAAGGAUACGACAUUAUAACGCAGCCUGUUGAUGUGUCCGACAAAGAAAUUGUCUACAAAUACGCCAAAAUCAUUAAGGAUGACGUUGGUCCAGUUGAUAUCCUCAUCAACAAUGCUGGAAUAGUUUGUGGUCAGACACUCCUGGAUAUUCCAGACUAUAUGAUAGAAAAAACGUUCAACGUUAAUAUUUUGUCCCAUUAUUGGACCACGAAAGCCUUCUUACCUGACAUGAUGAAGAAAAAUAAAGGACAUAUAGUCACAAUAGGAAGUGUAACUGGCAUGCUUGGAACCUAUAAAUGUACAGAUUAUAGCGCUACUAAGCAUGCUACCAUUGGUUUUCACGAAAGUUUACUGACCGAACUGAAAACUCAUGGGUAUCACAAAAUACACAUGACCCUUAUAUGCCCAUCGUUCAUAAACACUGGAAUGUUUGCUGGAUGUAAGCCCAAAACGAUGCAAAUGCUAGAGCCGAAAGAUGUUGCAAAGAGAAUUGUGACCGCAAUUAGGAACAGAGAAGUUUUUGUAACUAUGCCAGGAUUUUCCAGAUAUAUUCUUCCAUUGAAAAAUUUUAUACCCGCUAAAUUGAGCUGGGCUGUGAUAUACAGACUGAUUCAAGGCCCCCAAUCCAUGAUGGGUAUGAGGAAGUUCCAAGAAACGAAAGAAGUAGAAGCUGCAUAAAACUCAAAAUAUAUCAUAAAUAGCAAGAUUAGCAUCGUUCGCGUUCAUAUUGCAUUGUGUGCAUUAGUUUAAUUUAUAUUUAUUUAAUAAAAUAAUUUUUCCAUU